AUGACCGAGUCCACUUGGAGCAGCCUGGAAAUGUGUUUCCGCAUCAAGGACUUUACCAACUGUGGUGCUACCUGUGGCUUCAACGCGCAUCGCGCGUACGAGCUCCACGUCAAAGCCAGCUACAAUGACGAUCCCACUCGCUGCCCGAUCCAGGUCAUUCCUGGGGUCACUCUCGCCUGCCCCAAGGCUCAAGCGUAUAGUUCAGUGUGUACCGCCACGGCCAACAUGGGCUACGAGAUUAUUGGUGAUACGUCGACCACCUGUGGUGCUGAUGGCAGCUGGUCGCCAUCGAUAUCAGCGAGCAAGCUGUCGCCAUACUGUCCUGUUCCGGCCACCACCGCGGCCUACUCUACGAGCUCGUGCACCGGUGAGCUCGACACGUCGUGUACCAUCACUUGCAACAGUGGCUACGGCAGCCCGGCGAACGCAAAUUCGGGUACUUGCCUCGCCAGCACGUCGUCAGCCGGUCAGUGGACUAAUGACCCUUGGAACCCAGCGUGCUACAAGAUCCAUGACUGGUGCCCAGCCCUUCCGUCAGUGGCCGACGGUGUGAUUUCCUGCACCACACCGGCCUCACGUCGGAUCGGCGAUAUUUGUGCCUUGACCUGCAACACCGGGUACGCUCCAGCCGGUUCGUCCACGCGCCAGUGCUCUGGCUCGCGCGCGUGGAGCGGCAGUAGUCAUUUCGCCUGCGCCAGUACCCCCAACUUUUGCAGUCCCAUCACAGGCGCAAACUCGUCGCCGACCCAGUCGUGCAACGGAUACAUCAACGAGGUCUGCUCUUUUGCAUGCGUCGACGGCUACCAGGACACCGAGAGCUAUACCUGCCAGAGCAACACGAACUGGUCGCCAUCGAAUACAGGCUCUUGUACCAUCGUCAAUGGGUACUGUCCAGCACUCGCAGUGCCAAGCAACGGCAACGCCAUUUCUUACUCAAACCCGAACCGCGUCAUCAACACCGUCGCCACCCUCGGCUGCAACAAUGGAUAUACUCCGACCGGCGGAGAUGCGACCCGCGUUUGUCAGGUCGGUGGCGUCGGAGUCGGCCAAGGAUUGUGGGAGACGCCGCUCUCUGCAUGCGGAAGAGUCAACAACUACUGCACUGUGUUCACCGUCGCCAACGCUGUUGUCUCGGGCGGCUGCGGCCGCCGAGUCGCAGACUCGUGCUCGUACACCUGCAACCCAGGCUAUGUUGACGCCUCUACCGGCAGUGCCACGUGCUCACCCAGCACCGCGUCGUUUGGCGUCUGGAGUCCAACCUCGGUCUGCGACACCGUCGCCAACUACUGCCCCGCCGCACCUGCUGUUGCUAACGGUGUCGUCUCAUCGCCCAAUCGCGAGAUCGGCGACUCUGCCACGCUCACCUGCAACUUUGGAUACCAGCCGGUCGGCGGUGUCUCCACGCAGCUGUGCUCUGAAGGUGGAGCUACUGCCGGGACCGGCACAUGGGCGCCAACCCUCGCAUGUGAGCGCAAGCCUGACUACUGCGAUACCCUCUCCGUGAGCAAGGCUGCUGUCAACACCCCGUGCGGCCGCCUUGUUGGCGACUCGUGCACGUACUCCUGCAAUGUCGGCUACGAAGACACAUCGACUGGGUCAACCACCUGCUCCAUCGUCGAUGCCACCUCGGGUGCCUGGAGCCCAACGCCUGGAUGUGUCAUCACUGCCGGCUACUGUCCAGUCCUCGCCGCUCCACCGUCCGGAACCAUUUCCUACGGAUCUACCCGCCACUACAUGGACGUUGUCACGUUGACUUGCAAUACGGGAUACAUUCCCACCGCCGCUCACACUCAGCGUACUUGCCAGGCGAAUCAGGCCUGGAGUGGAAACGCGUUCUCCUGCUCACCGCAACCCAACUACUGCUCGGCUCUAUCCGUCGGUAACGGUGUUCCUGACGGAGGCUGUGUCCGCGAGAUCACCCAGUCCUGCUCCUACUCGUGCAACGCCGGUUACCAGGCUGCCAAUGCUGGCUCGACCACGUGCACCGUCGGGCCAGCAUGGUCGCCACCCACCCAAUGCUCCACCUUUUCGGGCUACUGCCCGUCGCUCGCCACGCCCACAAACGCCAUCGGUAUCAGCUAUGCCUCCGGCCGCGAGCUCGGCGACCUUGCCACCCUCUCCUGCACCGACGGCUACGAGCCGUCGGCUGGCCAGUCGACCCGAACUUGCGGUCCCGGGGGUGCUGGAGUUGGCGACGGCACCUGGUCCGACUUGCCAUUUGCCUGCGUCCGCAAGCCAGACUACUGUGUCCCGCUCUCGGUCGCAAAUGGUGUCGAGACGCCCGGCUGUGGUCACAAGAUCGACGACGUCUGCGCCGUCACUUGUUCUAGCGGCUACGAAGACUCGAGCGCAUCCGGUCCGGAUUAUACCUGCCAGGCUGCUUCCCAGUUGAGCGGAGCAUGGUCCGGCUCGCCGUUGUGCACCAAGAUCUCCGGCUACUGUCUCGUCAUUCCUCCACCGGCAUUCGCGAUAGGCAUCGGCUACGGCAACAAUCGCGAGCUGGGCGAUACCGCGACGCUGACCUGCAACAACGGGUACGUGCCGCAAGGCGGAAACAGUGUACAGACUUGUGGAGCCAGCUCGCCAUCCAACGGCGCGUGGAGUGGGCCGGCCUUUGCCUGCAUUCGCAAGAUCAACUACUGCGCCGACCUUGCCGGCGCCAACGGGAUGCCGGUCCCGGGCUGCAUGCGCCGGAUUGGUGACACCUGCCUCUUUGACUGCGGCCACGGGUUCAUGGAUGUCGGCCACGCCGCCUCGGGCUACAACUGCACCGCGCUUUCGGCUGCCAAUGGAGUGUGGGAUGGCGCGCCGGCGUGCUUGCUCAUUCCCAACUACUGCGCGCCGCAGGCGAUUGUGCCCGACGGCAGCGUUAACUGCACCACGGCGUUCCUCGGCGACACCUGCGAGCUGACGUGUAACACCGGGUACCAGGCGGUGGGCGGAUCACAGCGGACGUGUCUGGCGGCGGCCGAGUGGUUCGGUACGUGGUCGGGCGACGCGCUCGAUUGCGAGAAGAUCCCAGACUACUGCACGCUGCCGGCCGGGGCGUACGGCAGUCCUGCCGGGACGUGUGGGCAGGAGCUCGGCAAUGGAUGCUACUAUACAUGCGACGCCGGCUACCGGUCGCAGGUCCUGGUCAACGCAACGCGGACGUGCUCCGUGGGCUCGCAAGGCUCGGGCGGUGGAGCCUGGGUGCCGCCGUUCCCAGACCCGCUCUGCGUGCCGCUGCCGUGCCGGAACCUCCCGCUGCUGGGUAACGGGACGCUUGUGCCGCAGUAUGGUGCCGUGACUCUCGACACGGUGGAUGCGACGUGCAACGAAGGCUACACGCUCGUCGGCGAGACUGUGCUGGCGUGCGAAGCCGAUCCGCUUGACACCAUCUGGUCGGCGUGGUCGGCGCCGGUCCCGUACUGCGAGCCGAACAACUGUACUGCGUCCGAGGUUCCAGUCGACGGGUAUGUGGUGCCGUCGCUGGUGAUCUCGACGGACGCAUGGGUCUCGUACGGGUGUGAUCCGGGCUUUGAGCUGUGGGGCAACACCGCGCGGCGGUGCUUGCCGAGCGGCGAGCUCUCGGGAACGCUCCCUUCAUGUGAGCCUGUGCUCUGUCCGACCAACUUUACGGCGCCCGGCAACGGGUCGAUGGUGCCCGGGAGCGGCGGGGCGGUGACGCGCGACUCGGUCACGUUUGCCUGCAACACCGGGUACUUUUUUGUGGGACAGACUGUGCGGACGUGCGAGCAGGGCAACGCGACGGUGCCCAAUGCGUGGUCGCACUCGGACUACCUCAAGUGCAUCGGCCAGCCGUGUUAUCCCAAACUCGAGGACCCUAUCAACGGGAAAGUCUCGACUCAUUUUGGCGAGUUCCAGGACAUCGCCCGCUACGAGUGCAACGCCGGCUAUGAGCUUAACGGCAACGUGACUCGGAUGUGCGCAUCAUGGGGUAACUGGACGGUCACACCGCCGGUCUGCGAUCCUCUUCCCUGUCCCACCGUCAUUCAGCCGCUGAACCAGGACAUGCUGUAUUUUGACUCUGACGAGAGCAAGACGGUGCUCGACGGCAUGACCACCGAUCUGCACCACGUCAUGUGUAAGGCUGGCUUUGUCUUUUCGCCGGGCGUUCAUGAGCUGUCAAUGCAGUGUUUGCCUGCGCCCAACAACCCGGCUUAUCCACUGGCCGUCGACUGGUUCCCUCAGCUGCCGACCUGCAUCCCGCUCCCAUGCCCGCCGCUGUCUGCGCCGGCUAACGGACAGGUCUCGGCAGCGGGCGGCGUCACCCGUGACACAGUGACGUAUGCCUGCGAUCCGGGCUACUACAUUGCCGAGCGCGGCGACCAGAUGGUGUACCAAAUGACUGUCACCUGCCUCCCCGACACCCGGGCUCUCUCGCGAUGGUCCGAGCCGCAGCCGCGGUGCGUCAAGAUGCCCAACUACUGCCCGUCGGUCGGCCCGGCCGACAACGGGCAGAUCUCGCUCUCGGUCCCGUCGCCUAGCCUCGAGUGGGGCAAGGACGAGUGGAUCACGGCGUCUGCAUGCACCGAAACACUCGGUGAUGGAUGCGGCAAGUUUGUGUGCAACGCCGGGUUCCAGCGAGUCGGUCCGGCAACCAUCGAGUGUACCGUUGGCGCCCAGCAGGUCGGGCUCUGGUCGCCGGAGCUGCCAUCAGCGGCAGAAUGGUGUGAGCCGUGCCCCGAGGGUACGUACAAGUCGUUCAGCGCCCGCGACGUCGCCGAGUGGCAGUGCAUCCCGUGCCCACUCGGCGGGUACUGCGCCGGUGGUGGGUCGAUCCCGAUCGCCGCGCCUGGGUGGUGGCAGAAUCCGGACACGGGCGGCUUCCUCACUUGUGUCCCAAUGACCAACUGUCUGCAGGGCGCGUGCCGGGGCGGACAUCGCGGGUUCAAGUGCGAGCUUUGCGAGAACGGGUGGUACAAGAAGGACGGCACCAACUGCGUGGUUUGUCCGCCGGCCAAGCAGGUGGUGUACCCGAUUCUGAUUGUGCUCGCGAUCUGUCUCUGUGUGCUCUUGGUCAAGCUCGCGCGCAAGUCGACGCACUACUUUGCGUCGCUGGCGGUAGGUGCCUCGUUCCUGCAAAUGAUCUCAAUCCUGCCGUCGUUUGGCAUCGAGUGGCCGAGCUUUGUCAAGUCGUUCUUCAACGUCUUCCAGAUUCUGGCCCUCAACCUCUCGCAGUUUUUUGAGCCACAGUGCAUGGUGGACCAGGGCUCGUCGCCGUUCCUGCUGGUGUGGGCGAUCAAGAUGUCGCUUCCACUCAUCUUCAGCGCCAUCUUCCUGUUUGGCGGCGGGCUGGCGAGCGCGUACUACCUGAUCCGCAAGUGCGUGCCGACCCGGAAACUGGAGCAGUGCUCGCCGCGGCUGGCGGGCUGGUUCCCGGAGCUGUCGAAGCUGGGACUCAAGGUGGUGCUCUGGUCGUGCCUCAAUGCAUUCCUCACCUGCUUGGUCCUCUGCUACAUUGUGCUUACGUCUGCGGCACUCUCGAUUUUCGGAUGCACCCGGCAGGCAGACGGGACGCUGACGAUGAACGCCGAGCCUGCGAUGACAUGCAAGAGCAAGACGUGGAACAACAUGGUGGCAGUCUCUGUUGUGGCGUUGCUCCUGUACGGAGUCGGCUUCCCGGCCACGGUGUUCUGGGUUUUGCGGACCCGGCGGUACUCGCUGUGGAAGGAGAAGAAUGUGAUCCGAUACGGGCUGCUGUACCAGCGGUAUCUCCGCAAGUUCUACCUGUACGAGCUCGUGCUCAUUGUGCGCAAGUUCCUGUUUGUGUUUGGCAAAGCGCUGUUCCCGGGCUCGCCGCAAGCGCAGAUCAUCUGGGCCAUGUGCACGGUUCUACUGGGCUCGGGAGUGCAGUACAUGUUUGCACCGUUCCGCGACUGGCACAUCAACUGGCUGGAGCAGCUGCACCUUGUAUCUGCUGCGUUCAUUCUCAUGCUGGGAGUGGUGUUUGACUCGACCGCGUCGUCGAUGUCGGAGUCUGGACGGACCACGCUUGGGAUCAUCAUCAUCUGCAUCAUUGUCAUCAACAUUGUGGUGAUGGGGGUGGCGGUGGGCAUGGCGCUGCGUGUGCAGUACAAGCUGAUGCGACACGGGGUGUCGGGUGGGUACGCGUCGGACGAGCUGCGGGUCAUGCCGAUUUUCUUUAAGUUUGACAUGCGGAUUGUGGAGCGGCAGCGGAGGGUCACGCCGCACUCCAUCCUGUGGACGCUGGAGCUGACGACAAAGCGGCCACUGCCGCUGGCAACGACGCUGCUGCGCGACUCGAUUGCACUGGGUGCGACGGUGGAGGAGGUCUUGCACAACGUUGAGGGCGAGCCUGAGCGAUACGCCCGCGUGGAGCAGAGCGAGGAUCUGAUGACGACGUAUGCGUGGUACCUCAUCCCGUGCCGGGGAGUGUACUCGGCGCGACUGCUGGUCGACGGCGAGCGGGUGAGCGAGCUGGUGGCUCGGGGGACGUACACCGAGGACGAGCAGGCGGCGCUGGAGCAGGCGCUGUCGUCGGAGAACGCCGAACUGGCCAAGAAUGACGUUCUGGUGGCAUCUGGUGAUACGAUUUACACGGUCAACGUGUGCGGCCCACUGCAUACCUCGCCGUGUGCGCAGCAGGCGCCCAACACCGCCGUGUGCCAGUCGUGGGCAGGCGGAUGCAAGCCGCUGGGCUCGGCCCGUGAGCUUGUGGUAGCGCCGUUGGCCCAGGGCCAGGGUGUCCGGUUCACGGCUUCUGGUGGCGCGCACUCGACUACGUGUGGGUCGGACUGGCAGUCUGUGAUCGAGCUGACCUGCGAUGAGGCUGCCUCAGGCACGCCGGUGCUCAAGCUGCUCGGUCUGGCCAAGUGUGUGGCGACAUUUGUGGGGGCGUCUGCAGUGGCGUGCCCAAUCGCCCCGCCGAAGCCUCCAGUCAUUCCGGAGACGUACUCGUUCUCGUUUGCACGGCUGGCAGGCAACAACCAGGUCUCGGCCACGACCUAUGUCGGCGCGGCCAAUGUCGAUAUGACCCGUGGACUUCAGCGGAUCGACUCAACGUCAAUGAUCGGAGAGACCCAGGUGGCGUACCGAUCCAUGUCCUCCCAGCCGUAUGUCGAGCACAUGCUGCAGCUCACGUCGUCGCCCAAGAACAGCGAUCCGACAUGCACAAAGACUGCAUUGCCCACUGUCACGUACAUCAUCAACCCGACAUAUUUUGACAAGGCCACGCUCGAGGCCGAAGAGCUUUUCCGCGGCAUCAAGGCCUACCAGUGGAAGCUGGCCACCUCCAACACGACGUACGUCUCGUACGCGUAUGUCUCGUCGUCCCUCGACCCGUACCUUAUCGGUACCCAGACACUCGACGUCAAAAAGGGUGUCAUCGUCUCAGAGAUGCACAUCUUUGACUUUACUUCAGAGCUCCCGCCCAACCCAGCGCUCUUCGAUCCGCCGCCGAUGUGCACCAAGCACACCGGCGCCCGCAUUGGCUUCCACUAA